AAGCAGCAGAAUCAACAUCAGCAGGAGUGGCAGCAGCAGCAGGAGCAGGAGAAGGAGCAGCAGCAGUAGGAGGAGCAGCAGCAGGAGAAGUGGCAGCAGCAGUAGCAGGAGAAGGAGCAGUAGCAGUAGGAGGAGCAGCAGUAGCAGCAGUAGAAGGAGCAGCAGCAGCAGUAGGAGGAGCAGCAGCAGGAGAAGUGGCAGCAGCAGUAGCAGGAGAAGGAGCAGUAGCAGUAGGAGGAGCAGCAGUAGCAGCAGUAGAAGGAGCAGCAGCAGCAGUAGGAGGAGCAGCAGCAGGAGAAGUGGCUGCAGCAGCAGGAGUGGCAGCAGGAGAAGGAGCAGCAGCAGUAGGAGGAGCAGCAGUAGCAGCAGUAGAAGGAGCAGCAGUAGGAGAAGCAGCAGCAGGAGAAGUGGCAGCAGCAGUAGGAGGAGCAGAAGCGAGAGCGGCACCGUCAACAAAAAGAGGAAGUAAGCCCCAGGAGGAGGGGCAGUGUGAGGAGACGCAGCGGCAGAAGCAGCAGGGAGACGGGAAUAACGGAGUCAUCAGCAGCAGCAGCGGAGAUGUCUCGGGAGCGAGCCCCUGUGAUCGAACUCUUCGUGAAGGCCGGCACCGACGGAGAACGCAUCGGGAACUGCCCCUUCUCGCAGCGCCUCUUCAUGCUGCUGUGCCUCAAGAAAGCCGAGUUCAAGAUCGUCCUCGUCGACCCACGCAGGAAGCCGGCCAGUCUCGCAAAGCUCGCUCCAGGCACCCAGCCCCCCUUCCUCACCUACAACGGGGGAGUCAAGACGGACACCAUCAAGAUCGAGGAGUUUCUCGAGGAUGUGCUGUGUCCUCCAAGGUACCCAAAGCUGGUAGCCAACAACCCCGAGUCAAACACAGCUGGGAGCGACGUCUUUGCCAAGUUUUCUGCGUUCAUCAAGAACACGAGCAGCGCCAACAAUGACGCGCUGGAGAAGGCGCUGCUGAAGGCGCUGGGCCGCCUGGACGACUUCCUCGCGACUCCGCUGCCGGACGAGGAGGCGGUGGAGGGCGAGGACGGGACGCCCGGCACGAGAUCCACGCGCAGUUUCCUGGACGGAGAGCGGCUCACGCUCGCCGACUGCAACCUGCUGCCCAAGCUGUACACCGUGCAGGUCGUCCUGAGGAAGUUCAAGGGAAUGGAGAUCCCCGCGCAGUUCACGGGGAUUGCGCGGUACCUCAAGCACGCGUGCGCGCAGCCCGAGUUCACCGACACGUGCCCGGCCGACAGCGAAAUCGAAGCGGCCUACACCGCCGUGGCCCGGCCCCUCGCAUAGACGCGGCGCGACCGCAUGGCACGGCACGGCACGGCUCGGCAUGGCGUGGCACGGCAUGGCUCGGCACGGCGUGGCAUGGCGGGUGUAACGGCCGCUCCCCCUUACUCCUAACGCAUUGCAGCAUCAGCUCUGUCCCUGGUUUUCCACCGUUGACCAAUCCAGACAUGUCUCUCGCUCAGCACUAGGCCUAUUCACAUUCGUGCAGCGUACUGUAAUAGCCAACAACACGAUGUAUGUUGAACUUCUUUCGCGCCGUACGUAGUCAACCGCGCUAAUCGGAGGUGCGGGGAAGGAUAGCGACAUAUCGGCCACCGAGGCAUUGUGGGACAUUGAGUCGUCACACGUUCCAUGGCUCAACGUCAACCAACGUUGGACCAACGUUGGCAUCUGCGUGACUGCCAUACUCGUUUCUGUGUAGCUGCCAUACUUUUUAAUCUCUAUUUAAACUAUAAACACAUUUUUAUUUGACCAGGUAAGGCCCACUGAGCUGUGUAGCUCUUUAUCAGAAGCGAUCUGGCCACAAAUGACAGCUCAACGAAGUGGCUCAGAAUGUGGACAUUUAUAGCAGCCAAAUACCCUAAAAGCACGUUGAUUCUAAAUGUGGAGGGAAACACCGGAGGACCUGGAGAAAAAUCCACGCGACCACGGGGAGAGAAAGAGAGACGCGCAAACUCCAAAUAUACAGCAGCAGGCGUCAGGGUUGGGAUCGAACCCACGACCUCCUGUACACCAGGCGAGGUAGUUAACAUCUCGCGACGGUGGCGCCCACUUGAGCGUCUUCACGGCAGCCUGCUACGUGGGGAGCACGCGCCUGAAAGUCAAUUUAAAGUUUGUUUUCUCACGAGCAGAGAGUCACAUGGGUGUCGUGGCAGUCAAUUGCAAAGCAGCUGAGGUGUGAGUCGACAAGAUAAGAGUCUGAAAAAUAAGAAAAUGUUUUACCCCUUCUGGCAAUAGAACAGGAGUUGUGUUAAGAUGUUCAAACGCCAAAUAGAAACCCUUUGCAAGGACUCAAGUGCGAACCACUCACAUCAACCAAACACGGUACUUGUGGCGAACAUGGAAACAAACGCGCUCUGAUGAUAAUAAUUCACGGCAUAGUCUUUGAAGCCGAUUGGCCUUCACCGUACACAGCAGCUUCUUCCGUGUCCUUGUCUCACGAGUGUCAGAGCAGAGAACAACGCCAACAUGUGAACGGAUGAGAGCCGUUUGGUUGUUGUUUGCGCUCGUUGCGAUGCCCCUUCAAUCCACACAUUUAAGCCGCGCUGGCACCUGCGCCAAUAAUCACAAUUCCGACUGACAGAGCUGUCCGUUGUGUAUGUUGAACUUCUUUCGCACCAUACGUACGCUAAUCGGAGGUGCUGCGUUUGAAGCUACAUCGUUAGUGUGCUAUGAAGGAGGGCCACAUUACCCAGACACGUUGCCUUGUUACACAUUCUUCCUUUUAAGGCGACACACAGCGUUACCUGCUGAUCCGCCCAGGCUGGACAUGUGUGAAAAGAGCUUCACAGCUCAUCGGAUUCCUCCCCAAGUCUAAAUAAAACAUUCCGAUUCAGUGGCAUUGUUGUUGUUGUUGACGAGCGUGUUGAGUUGUUGAUUGCGAGCUGAUGCUUGCGCACCUGCUGCCACCGCAGCGUCUUUCGCAUGGAUUCAGAGCGGCAGGUUAAAGGUGUAAGGAUCUUUGCGAGGACAUCUGUCUCCGCUCGGGAUAGGCCCUCAACAUGUCGCUGGCAAGGACGAACCAAGGGGUCCGAUGGAUCGGUUCGUCUGGCCCUGAGGAGGACCUUUGUUGCCAGGCUUGUUGUUUCUGCAUGGCGACGUUACGGUUGGUUUCCUUCGCGAUGUCGUCCCUUACGAACUUCGUCGUUGAACUUCGUUGCCGCAACCGUGUGGGGCCGCGAGAAGGCUGACAGCACCCCGCCGCAUCAUCCGCAACAGCGUCACCAGAGGUCGCAAGUGUAGUGUAACAGUGCCAGCUGGUGGACAACAGCGCCGGCUGGCGGACAGACAGCGCACA